UGGAUAGGUGGAUAAAUGGGUACUACAUCUUUUCUCAGCUUUAACAAGACGAGCAUUCUAUAAAGUCCCGUUAAUUGCCCCAUCUGCUACCAUCCAUCUGCACUUAACCCAAAAACGAAAUCAUAGUACAUAUCUCAAGCUCAAUCCCACCAAGACCAAAGACACAAUUCAAAAUGUCUGACCAAGACAAUGCCCUUGCGCUCCACAACCAAGCCCGCGCCGCCCUCGGCGUCGCCCCCCUCCAAUGGGACAACAACCUGCAAGCCGCAGCCCAAAGCUGGGCGAACCACCUCGCUCAAGUCAACAGCUUAGACCACGACCCCAACGCCAGCGCGGGUGAGAACAUCGCUCUGUUUUCGCCAGCAAGCGAUACGAUUCUGGGAAAUGCAACGGGGCUGUGGUUAGCUGAGAAGACAGCUUAUAGCUAUAGCAUUUUUGAUGGGAGUCAGGUUGAGGCGGCAGGACAUUACACUCAGUGCGUCUGGGCAAAUACCACGAACGUCGGUAUCGCAGCCGCGACAUCUUCCUCCGGCACCGAGUUCGUCGUUGCACGCUACCUCCCACAAGGUAAUGUCAUCGGGCAGUACCCUUACCCGCAAGGCCAACUACCGCAACAAGGCUUCGAAGGGAUCUUCCUCGUGAACGCAACCAAUUCCUCCGGCGGCCAGAAAUGCGGCGUUGGCUGGUACCGCAAUGCGCUGCAGGCCGAGGGACAAUCGCCUGAUCCGCCGCUUGAAGCUGCAGGCGUGGGGCGUGACUGGAUCCCAUGGGAGGGUAAUGAACAGAGCGUUACAUUUGCUGAUGGCAACGUCUUUGCCUGGAACAUCAACGCUAAUGCGCAGUCCGAGCCAGACUAUACGAUGGUUGGCACUAGCCAUAAUAACUUCCGGAACUUCGAUGUGUACAAGGAUAAUAAGCGUAUCUUGUAUUCUCAGAAUGGGUGGGAUUAUAGGACUAUUUAUUAUUGUAAGUAAGGGCGUGGAGGUCUCUAGAUAGGCCUAGAAUCGGAAUUGUAGCCUAUAGUAUCAAG